CAGGGCGUGACGCGGCUGCUGCUGACGCGGAUCCCCUUCUUCAAGGAGGUCAUCGUCAGCUCCUUCGCCUGCGGCAGCUGCGGCUGGGCCGACGCCGAGAUCCAGUCGGCCGGCCGCAUCCAGGACCUCGGCGUGCGCUACACGCUGGACGUCCGCACCAAGCAGCACUUACAACCAUCGAAGGGAUAAUUGACAGAGCCGUAGCGGGAUUGGAGCAAGAUCAGCCAGUCCGCAAGGAAACUGACCCAGGUGUGGCAGGACAGAUAGAUGCAUUCAUCUCGAGAUUGAAGCAUCUGAAAGAAGUGGAGAAAGGCUUCACUUUCGUCCUAGAUGACCCUUCAGGGAACAGCUUCGUGGAGAACCCUCAUGCUCCGCGGAGGGAUGAAGCCCUGGUGGUUGCCCAUUAUAAGCGAUCUGCCCAGCAGGCUGUGAUGCUGGGGAUUCAAGAAGUGGAGUCUGAUGAUAAGUCAGUGGAACCAGCAGAUGAUCUGAGGAACGAGGUGCUGCAGUUUAACACCAACUGCCCAGAAUGCAAUGCUCCUGCCGAGACCAACAUGAAGCUGGUGCAGGUCCCCCACUUCAAGGAGGUCGUCAUCAUGGCCACAAACUGCGAGGCGUGCGGCCACCGCACGAAUGAGGUUAAAUCUGGAGGAGCCAUAGAGCCUUUGGGAACCAAGAUAACCCUCCACGUGACAGACCCCUCGGACAUGACUCGGGACCUCCUUAAGUCCGAAACCUGCAGGGUGGAGAUCCCAGAGCUGGAAUUUGAGAUGGGCAUGGGGGCCCUGGGUGGCAAAUUCACGACCCUGGAAGGAUUACUGAAGGAUAUCCAGACCCUGGUGGAGAAGAACCCCUUCACCCUGGGGGACAGUUGCACCCCUGGCAGGGCAGAGAAACUCAGUGCAUUCAGCCGGAAGCUGCAGCAGAUUUUGGAUGGGCAGCUGCGGGUACAUUUUGUUAUGGAUGACCCUGCAGGGAACAGUUACCUUCAGAAUGUAUAUGCCCCUGAGGAAGACCCAGAACUGUGUGUGGAGCACUAUGAGCGCAGCUUUGAGCAGAAUGAGGAGCUGGGCCUCAACGACAUGAAGACAGAGGACUACGAGACAGAGAAGGCCUCCUCUGAGCAGUAGCCUUGCUUCUGUCAGGCCAAGCCAGUGGUGGGGGAUGAGAAGCAGUGAAGGAGACGGGGGUUGCCUGUCCCCCAACUCGGGACACAGCCUUAGCUCUGCCUAAGAAGCAACUUGUAACUGGUUGCCCACAUAGCAGCUGUAGCAGAGCGUGGCCAACGCAUUAAAGCUGAAAUGAUGCUGCACUUGAGGCUGUAAGGAUGACAUUUGUUUUGCAUACAGAAACAUAAGCGGUGUUCUGAGGAAAUGUUUCUUUUUCCCAUGUGGUUCUUUUGCAAUGGAAGCGCAUUCAGUGCUUGGUUUGGUACUGGAUGCUGGUCAGUGCAGGGGCUGACACUUCUGUGGCUGGCUGCAGAAUGACAGUUUUAGUCACCUCCCCAUAUGUUGUCAUUUCCAUCUGUUUUCAUGAAAAUAAUAAAACACGUUCUCCUAGUUCACAGAAAUCUUGAAGCUACGAAAAAGCCCGUGUGUUUCCAUUUUGUUAGGGGAAAAUGAAAUUUUGGAGAAAAGUGAAAUGUCUAUAGAGUACUUACCUAUCAAACUUAAACUUGUACUGAUUG